ACCCUUUUAGUCUUCCCCCUCACACAUUGCCUGUGUUACCAAACAAGUUGGCUGAGAAAAAAUGAAGAUCUUCAACUGGGUACAGAAGCGGCUUCAUCCUAACCUUCUCAAAGAUGGGGUGGCUCGAAAAGUGAAGAAGACCGAUUCCGUUGCUAUUCACGGCAACACAAAAGCCUUGAUGGAACAAGUAGCGUUUGUGGACGUGCUGGAUGGCUGGAAAUACGGCGGCAUUCUCACCAUUGGAACCUUCGGUUUUGAUCCUCUCACAAAGCUGGAGUUGGACCAAGAGAAAGACUACUCUACUUCGGAGAGUGACGAAGAAGCAGAGGAAGGAGACGGAUAUGGACUGAACAACGACAGCGUCCAACAUGAAAAUGACAACAACAGCAGUACUGAUACUGAAAAUGAAGAAGUGGAUCCAUUGAUGUUCAACAUAUGCUGCGAGGAGGCUGGUGGAAAAACUGCUGAUAUUGAGAUAAUGAGCGUUGAUGAUUUUGUUGUAUUGGGUGCUGUUCCACCAGUGGCGUCUUCUACUCAUGCAAUCAAACUUGAUCACCUGGAUGAUCAAGGGAAAUUGAAGAGAAGAACGACCCUGGCUGAACUGUUUUCGGAGGAUUCUGAUUCUGCUAUGAAAAAGAAGCCGAGUCCAAAGGAAUUCAAGCGGAUGAGUUCUGGGACAAAGGCAUUUCCAAAGACAAAAAACGGCCUGUCCUUUGCCAAGAAACUCAUUCCUCAUGCUGGAGAGGAUGCUCGCCCCCUCAAAAAGAUACAAAAAAUGAUGAGGAGGAUGCUGAAGAAGAAGAUCCAUCCAGACGCUGAAGGCAAGGGCUCUGCCUCUGACUCUAAGCCAGACUGCCCCAACAAGCCUGUUGUUCUUAACCAAGCUUCUGAAUUCGGUUCUCUCCUUCCAACUCCAGAUGCAGCAGCAUGAGCUUCAAUAUUCCAGUAUAUAUGAUUAUGAGUUAAAAACGUAAUCGUGUUUUUACAUUUUUAGAUGAGUUUUAUUUGAUUUUAUUUUUAUGGUUCCUCGGACAAUAUAAUGUAUGCUUGUAUGGAUUCCAUGUGAUGUUUUGUAAGCUUUGAUGUGUUUUGGCUUUUAGUAAAUGAUGAUAUGUGUU